AUGGAAAAUGAUGAAGUUGUACUCACUGAUAGCACGAAGAAAAUUAAAGCUAUAAUCUUAAUUGGUGGUCCAUGUAAAGGUACUCGCUUUAGGCCACUUUCAUUGGAGUUGCCUAAACCACUUUUUCCAAUAGCUGGGUUUCCAGUUGUUUACCAUCAUAUUGAAGCCUUCUCCAAGUUACCGGGAUUGAGGGAAAUCAUUCUUUUGGGAUUUUACCAACCAAAUGAGGCUCUCAACCAGCUUAUUUCGAAUGCGCAGCACGAGUUUAAGGUUUCUGUUAGAUAUUUACAGGAGUUCACAUCACUAGGAACAGCUGGUGGUAUAUAUCAAUUCCGUGACCAAUUAUUAUCUGGAUCUCCGGAUUUGUUGUUCGUGAUGAAUGGUGAUGUAUGCUGUGAUUUACCUCUUGAGGAAAUGCUCGAGUUUCACAAAUGUUUGGGUACUGGGGAUCGGUUUUUAAUUAUGGCGACUGAUGCGACACGUCAACAGUCUAUGAAGUUCGGUUGUAUUGUUGAAGACCCCAACACCCAUGAAGUUAUGCAUUAUGUCGAGAAGCCAGCAACGUUCGUCAGCACAACAAUAAAUUGUGGUCUUUACCUAUUUACUCCUGGGAUAUUUAAAUUUAUUCGUAUAGCUUUUCUUGAACAUCAGAAUCAACUAAAUUAUGAUUUAAGACCUUCAUGCAAAGAAACUAUUCAUUUAGAACGAGAAAUAUGUCAACCGUUAGCUGGAAGUGGGACUUUAUUUGUUUAUCAUACCAAUCGGUUUUGGAGUCAAAUCAAAUUUGCUGGUGCUGUAAUCUACGCUAAUCGUCAUAUAUUGUCACUUUAUGAAAGAACCCAUCCUCAAAGACUUGCUAAAAUGACAAUACCAAGUUCAUCAAACCUACAGAUGUUAGAUGAUCCCAUUAAUUCAUCAUUAGUUGUGAUGAAUGGCAAUUGCCAACCAUCGAUUUGUGGACCGAUUAUAAUUGGUCAUGUAUUCAUACAUCCAACUGCUUCAAUCGACCGAACAGCUGUUAUAGGACCUAACGUAAGUAUAGGUGAGCGAGCUGUAAUACAAGCAGGAGUACGUCUACGAGAAUGCAUUGUACUCAGGGAUGUUGAGAUUCGUGCACACGCUUGUUGCCUGAAUGCAGUAAUUGGAUGGAAUACAGUUAUUGGGGAAUGGGCUCGUGUUGAAGGUACACCCAAUGAUCCUAAUCCUAAUAAGCAAUUUACCAAACUUGAAGUUUUACCUGUUUUCAAUGUUAAAGGUCAACUAAAUCCAUCCAUUACUGUGAUUGGCUCCAAUGUGGAAAUUCCUCCUGAAGUUAUUGUUCUGAACUGUAUAGUUUUACCACAUAAAGAAUUAUCACAAAGCGCCAGAAAUCAAAUUAUUUUAUGA